CUGGCUCCAUCCAGAAGCCUUAGGUUAGUGCACCGGGUUGGACGAGGCAAGACGGAGUCAGCACACCAUCUAGCAAUCUAGACAGCCAUAGGAGCAGACCGGCCGCUCGCAACAGCUGACGGAGUGGCGAUUGCGGAGCCCAAGAAGGCGGCACGCGUCGGACCCGCCAUCCCGCCGCCGUGAAUCAGCCGGAGCCGCGGCUAGGAACGAGUCUCAUCGCGCAGAACACCAGCUCGCGGGCCGCAGGACGGAGGCAGGUGCAGGCCUCAGCAAGGGGAACUCAGGAGCGUUCGUUUGUGCGACCUCGCUGCGGCCACCGAGCACUGGUUAUCGCCCCCGCUCGCUACUGGGCUCCAGGACUCCCCCGCCGCGGGCCCUCGCCUGGCCGCACCCCGGACUGCGCGGCGUCACAGAGCGCAUGCGUGCCGCGGGGGAUGCCGGGAGCGCGCAUUGGCGGCAGUGGCAGCGACGGCAGUAACAGCGGCCGCUCGAGCGGGGACACCAGCGGGGCGGUGACCGUGUGGGAGGUGGUCUCACUCUUGGGGAAACUGCUAGGGACCGUCGCCGCGCUGAAGGUGGUUCUGUACCUGCUCCGGGUGUGCUUCGCGAUGGCCUGGAAAUCCGGCGGCGCCAGCCACUCGGAGCUAAUCCACAACCUCCGCAAGAAUGGAAUCAUCAAGACAGAUAAAGUAUUUGAAGUGAUGUUGGCUACAGACCGUUCCCACUAUGCAAAAUCUAACCCUUACAUGGAUUCUCCACAAUCAAUAGGUUUCCAGGCAACAAUCAGUGCCCCUCAUAUGCAUGCAUAUGCACUGGAACUUCUGUUUGACCAGUUGCAUGAAGGUGCUAAAGCCCUUGACGUGGGAUCUGGAAGUGGAAUCCUCACCGCCUGUUUUGCACGGAUGGUUGGAAAUAGUGGAAAAGUCAUUGGAAUUGAUCACAUUAAAGAACUAGUAGAUGACUCAAUAACUAAUGUCAAAAAGGAUGACCCGAUGCUUCUGUCCUCUGGGCGAGUGCGGCUGGUGGUGGGUGAUGGAAGAAUGGGCUAUGCUGAAGAAGCCCCCUACGAUGCUAUUCAUGUGGGAGCUGCAGCCCCAGUUGUGCCCCAGGCAUUAAUAGACCAGUUAAAGCCUGGUGGAAGAUUGAUAUUGCCAGUCGGUCCUGCCGGAGGAAACCAAAUGUUGGAGCAGUAUGACAAGCUACAAGAUGGCAGUGUCAAAAUGAAACCUCUCAUGGGGGUGAUAUACGUGCCUUUAACAGAUAAAGAAAAGCAGUGGUCCAGGUGGAAGUGAUUUUCUCUUCUGCUCUUUCCUCCUCCACACAGUCAAGGGAUGAAUUGUGAAAGCAACGGGAGCUUGACCAGUCUAUAAACCGCAGUGGGCCGCUCCUCUCGGUCCUUACAGCAUUUGAGAACCAACAGCAUCACAGCUUGUUUUGGACUUUGUUACACUCUUACUUUCAGCAUGAAAACGUGUGGUUUUGUAGGGUUUCCUAAUUCCAAAUGGCGAGGAGCCAAACUGAUAGAGGAAGGUUGCAGGGCGUUAACUGUGUGUGUUGUUUUAACAUGCCCACAUUUCACUUUAAAAAAAUAUUAAAAGAAAGGGUUCUCCAACUGGAAAAAUUAGUUUUGAUGAGUGGCUUUGCUUUUCUUGGACACUUAAUUCUGUUCCAAUAUUAAUUUAUCAGAUUUCUUUUGUGCAUCAGAUAACACCACAUUCACAAGUUUAGCUUCUUUGGUAGCCAAUGUCUGUUAGAUGCUACUAAGAAAACAGAGAUGAGCUUUUUCUUAAAAGCCUUUGAUGUGGUGUCAUAGGAUAGCAUGUCGUAGAUACAAUCAGCUGCUGUUACCUUAAAACUAGGUGUUUGUAAAUACUGAAACUUGAGAUGACGAUGAUGGCAGGUGGUGUCCCAAAAACACUCAGCUGUUCCGAUUGGAAAUUUUGAUGUAAAUUUCCUCUUUCUAAAAAUGCUAGGAGGCUUGUAGCUCAAUAUCAUUUAUCUGUUUCUAGUUUGCUGCUGGUAAUGUAUCUGCAUCUAACAUUCUGUGUAAGCGAUUGUGUCUUUGCACAGUUUAUGCAGCGCUGCUUUGCCAAAUAAAAUUAAAAGCAAAAGAAGCAUUGGUGGCCUUUGAAUCUAGAAGAACACAGGUCUGCUAGGUCCAGAUGCUGCCCACAGUCAUGGGGAAGCGUCGUAGUCUUACAAUAUUCUAGGAGGUAGAUAUGCAUAGCAUUCGCCCACUCUAUGUGGCUGCAUUUCUUCAGGACAGAGACUCUGUGUUCAUUGUUUCUCUCUGCCUUCCUAGCCCAAGGCUUGCUUUUUAAUAGCUCUGUAGUAAAUGCUCAGUGAGUGAGUGGGUGAAUGUAGUAUGGGGAAGAAUGUGGUUGAGAGUAAACAUGCUGAAAUCCAUGUCUCAUCUAUAAAUAGAUUCAUUAAUAACUGUAAAAUGUCUGUGAAGGCAAUGGCACUUUGAAGAUCUUAUUUAAAUAUGGUUUUAUAUUUUCUAAUAAGACUUUAGUUUUUUGUGAAGAUUCUAGAACUUGAGAGAAGAUUACAAGCUCCCGGUAAACGGGGCUAAGCAAAGCAAAGCCAAGCCUUCCCUCUCUGUGUAAGGGCACAGAAUUCUAACAAGAAGAUUCUUAGAGUCUGAGCAGCCCAUCCCCACUCUUCACACCUUAAAUUACUGAUUUAAAAAAGUCACGCAGACAUCACCUGACAAGUGUCUCUUCUCGGCUUAGGUCUCAGUCCCAGGAAACUAGCAUUACUGUGCUCCCGCAGACUUGACAACCUUAACCAGCUUUGGUUUGCUGCUGGUUGUUGCUUUGGAAUCCUGUCAGUGACCCCCUGGAGUCCAGGAUGCAUGGUCAUUUGAAAUAUGUGUAAAGUCAAAUGUUCAUUCAGGCUUUAAAGCAAAUAAAUUCUUAAACUUA